AUGCGCCAUGGAUUUGGUAGUCUGAUCUUCAUACCUAAGGGGGAAGGCCGCCAUUCCUAUACGUUGACGGUGAGUCCCUUUCCCCCCCUUUCAAGAGUCCCCUCUAAUUAUUACGAUUCGUCAUUCCAGUUCCACCGUGAUGUUCUUGGCGCUUCCUUCAUUCAUCACCUCAGCAAAAGAUUCGGCCUGAUACACAUGUCUUUCUGUUCCUUGGUGCAAGCACUGAUAUCACAGGCCAUCUUUCAGUUGUGCUACUGGCCAAAUCCUCCACUAACAAGACCCCGCGAAAUGAUAUCCAAAUCCUUCUACAUGAGUGAGAAGGCAAUUGGCAGGAUCAGGCUGUACGCCAUCAAAGAAAGAUCAGCAGGUGUCAAAGCCAAAAGGCAAAAGCUUAACAAUUAUGCAGAAAUGAAGUCGGGGAAAUAUGUCAAUUUUUUCUCUAAGUUCAAGAUCAGAUGUGGCCAUGCGGAGGCUUGGCUGAUGAUGAUUUUGAAUGAAAUUCCAGAACAAGAGAUGGGGAAAUUCAAUGUCCUGCCGAGAUUUCGAUGGAAAGUAAGGACUAUUUUUCUGUUGAACAAGUUUCUACAGGAUUGGGACGUUUUUCCUAAGGCUGAAAAGUAUACUCAGGAGUUCAUGGAGGUCCAGAGGAAGGAUCAGAAUCCAAGAAGUAGUGAUGAUAUGAGGCAAAACAAAUGGAAGAGACCUCCCAUAGGUGUGUUUAAACUUAACAUUGAUGCAGGGGUAAACAUCAGAGGUGGUUAA